AUGCCAUUACCUCAGCAUGCCCAUCAGAGAGCUCAUGGUAUAGAAGGCACCAUGGUCCACUUGCUCCUUUUGUCUUCCCAUAUCCACGGACUCUUCACGGCACCGUUACGCCAACCUUCCUCUUCCUCCCUUCACAGCACCUACAACGUCCACCAGAGCCGCGCUGUAUCGGUUGUCCUCUUCCUUACAGCCAGCACUCUAUUGUGCUACUCUCGAGUUCCGACCUCAACCUAGCUAGCCAUCUUUCUCUUCUCCCACAACACUGACGGCUCCCAGUACUAUGCGCUCGCACCAGAAGAAUUGUCUGCUCACUCUCAAACUUUCUUCGCCUUCGUUUCUCGACUCUGUUAUACAGGAUGAUCACGAGAGCUUGCCGCUAUAUGCUAUCAAGACACAGGGAACAACGACAGUUAUCUAUCGCGAGGAUCCCUGGGCAGGGCCCGUUGAGACGAGUAGUAUCAGAUGGCCUCUUAUGAAGGCCAAGGGAAGGGGACGCAACUGGGACGGUGUGCAAGUCCAGGUCAAGGGUGGUGACUGGGAGUACGGGGAACACGUUCUGAGGCAGAGCUCCAUACUACGCUCAUCCCCGCGCAAGUUCAAUAUUCCAGGAUACCCACGGACACUCAAAUGGAAGGCCGUCGGAGGCUGUUAUUGGUGUAUAAGCCCAUCCGUAGAAGGGCCGAUAGCGACAUUGGAUCCCGCAGUGGGUUCGGUUCCGCCACGGCUCAAAAUAUUUGAGACCCUUCAUGACAAAUAUGACGCCCGCCCGACCAUUAUGCAUCACGGUGUUUCCCUGCUGCUUCUGGACUACUUGGUCCUGACGGCGUUGCUUCUCGUAACUGACGCCCAGGAAUGGGAGAAACAUGCGCGCGGUGAAGGGUCCAGCAACACCCGUUGUCCCACUCUCCUUUCAAUCUCCACCACUGGGCUGCAUUGGCGAAAAAUAAUGAGCCGUGACCAGCUUUUUUCUAGGCGCUCGGCUAGUAUUAUUUCUUCCGUGGACCAUCUGCCAUUAUCUCCAGCAUCAUCGGCCUCUGUGGGGCAAAUGGCAAAAAUAGUCUAUGGCGAUCCUAUUUACCCUACAUUAAGUCCACUCACACCUGAUUCAAGUGUGUCUGAAUCAGACGAGGAGGCAGAGGAUGAGGACGAGGACGAAGACGAGGAGGACGACCUAAUGACGAGCGCAAUCGAAGUUCCUUCAGCCUCACGCGGGCAUAGUCCUUCGGCUGAAUCCGUGUGCUAUCCACUACGAAAUGCGUCAGCCCCAUCUCACACAUACCUGGAUCCUUCGUUUUACCAUGACCCCGAUGCACCUCCCGUUCCGCCCUUGCCCGCUGAGUUUUCAAGCAGCCUCACCCGUCGCGUAUCUACCAACAAUCUCCGCAGACUCCCAGCCCCGCCACAGCAGUCAGCACGUCGACCGCAAUCCACACCACCAGGCGAACUGCGUCGCUUCCGCAUCCUACAUCCUUCCUCCCAGGCUCAAAUCGCCUUCGGCGAUUACCCAUACCCCCUGGGCGACACGAUUCCCAGUCCCAGGGGCAGUCCCUGCGAUCCUUACCUCCUACUCCGAUAUCGACGCAUCCGCAAAUAAAGGACUCGCAUGAUGAAGCUUGGGGGGUGGUUGCUGAUGAGCUCGCAGGCCUCCGGGUCGAGGGAUCUCGAUGGCGGAGCUAC